GCCGCACAUGCGCAGUACGUAGGCCCGUUAGCUCACGGUGAGUGCCUGUGACCACUUGACACUAGGAAGCGGAAGAAAUCGAGACCCGGUGCAAAAAGUAUUGUGUACAUUCAUUCCUAUGUAAAGUCUUAUAUUUAUAGGGAUAUGACAUAGGUGACAGCUCCUCUUGAUCGAAGGCUCUCUCACCCAUUGGAAAGCUGCUGCACCUCCCCCGUGACAACAUGUUUAAGAAGCUGAAGCAGAAGAUCACUGAGGAGCAAUCCCCUGUAAGGAGCUCAGUGAGUCCACAGCCACAGGGUCAUCCAAGAUCAACACCAUCAGGAAACAGAAGUCGUGCUUCUUCAAUGACAGAUCAGCAGGAUGACAACACAGCAACUCCUGACAAAGAGAAUAUAUCCAGGUCUCCAGACAGUAUAAAUGGAAAUGAUCCUGCCUCAAGUCAGAAAAGUGAGGGCCAGUCUUUUGCACAAAAGCUGCAACUUCGUGUCCCUUCAAUGGAGUCAUUAUUUCGCAGUCCUGUGAAGGAGACGUUGUUCCGUUCUUCAUCAAAAGAAUCACUUGUAAGAAGCGGUUCACGUGAGUCCUUAAAUCGAAUUGAGGCAGACGGUGGCGGUCCUAUGUUUGAACCUUCUUCAGAUAUUGAAAGUGAGACUGAGGAUUCCAUGAGCAAUUUGGAGGGACUCAGCAAGGAACAGCUUUUUUAUAGGCUGCGAAGAAUGGAGAAAAGCUUGGGCAAUUACAGAGGGAAAUAUUCUGAGUUGGUUACAGCAUAUAGAACAGUUCAGAGGGACAAAGAUAAACUUCAGUCUAUUUUAAGCCAGAGCCAGGAUAAAGCAUUAAGGAGAAUUGGAGAGCUGCGAGAGGAGCUCCAAAUGGACCAAUCGGCCAAGAAACAUUUGCAGGAAGAGUUUGAUGCAUCUUUGGAGGAGAAAGACCAGCUUAUCAGUGUAUUACAGACUCAGGUUACCUUACUGAAGCAGCGGCUUGGAAACGUACAAGGGGAUACAGAGGCAACAGCUAUUCAGUCAGAACCUGAAAACCAGGAUCCUGUCCAAGAAGGGGAGGCAGACAACAGUGCCGCAGCUGAUGGAAAUGGUGAUGCUGCAAAAACUAUAGAAGGUUUGCAAGUAAGAGUGAAACGGCAAGAGAACCUUCUUCAGCGAUGUAAAGAAAUGAUAAGAUCACAUAAGGAACGGUCCACUCAGCUCAGCAGUGAAAAGGAAGCUCUUCAAAACCAACUAGAUGAAAGACUUCAGGAGCUUGAAAAAAUUAAGGAACUUCACACUAGUGAAAAGACCAAGCUGAUUACCCAGCUGAGGGAUGCCAAGAAUUUGGUUGAGCAACUGGAGCAAGAUAAGGGAAUGGUCAUUGCUGAGACAAAAAGACAGAUGCAUGAAACUCUAAUGAUGAAGGAAGAGGAAGUUUCUCAGCUACGAACAAGAGUUAAACAGUUAACCACAAGAUGUGAACUACUACAGGAAGCAAAAGAAAAAUCGGAGAAAACUGCAUUUGAGCAACUGGAAAAAGCUGUAGCUGCCACGCAGAAUACAGAGGAGGCUCAGAAAACGGGCAAGCAGCAAAUGGAAGCACAAAUUAAUGCCAUUGAAAAAGCCAGUGAAGAAGAGAGAGUGAAUCUUCAAAAGGAAGAAUAUGUACAUUUUUUUAUUGUGUAGAAAACCUGUGAUGGGCGUAUCCUUGAGCUGGAAAAGUCUAAUGCAGAAACUCUGCAGAAUAAAGAGCAGGAACACAAGGAAAGCUUGAGAAUACUGGAAGAGGGGUUCCAAGAAAAACUAAAAGUAGCUGUUGCAAAAGUUCAGGAAAAUCAUUUACUUUCUCUUCAAGAAAAAGAGCAGCAAGCUUUACUUGCUUUAGAAGAGAUAGAGCUUCAGAAGAAAGCCAUUCAGAACCAGACUGAAAACCAGCUACAGGAAAUGCAGCAGGAGCUUGAAGAAUGUAGAACGAGAAUACUUGAACUGGAAAGUUUCCUUGCAAAAGCUUCGCAAGACAGUGACAGUAAGACAGAAGAAUUGGCCACACGGAUAGAAUGUGAAUCAAACAAGCACAAUGAAGAGAUUGGCGCACUUAUGGAGCAACACAAAAAAGAACUUGAACUUUGUAGUGAAGAAUGUGAAAAGUUAUUGAAAGAGAAGCUUGAAAGCCUUAAGCAAGAACAUGACUCCACCAUUAUUGAAAUAAAAAAUCAGUUUCAGCAAGAACGUGAUCUGCAGAUGAAAGAGAAGGAAAGAAUGUUUCAGGCUCAUAUCGAAGAAAUGAAUGAGAAGACCUUGGAGAAACUAGAUGUAAAGCAGACAGAGCUAGAAGCACUCUCGUUUGAGCUUUCUGCAGCCUCUAAACUUCGUCAGGAGAUUGAACAGGAGCUUUUGGAAUGUCAGAAUAAGAUGGGCAGGAUGAAAAAGGAUUAUGAAGCUGAGCUGGAUGAGCUGCAGAGACAGCAUCAAUUGCAAAUUGGUACAAUUGAAAAGGAAAGAGAAAUGCUAACUCAGGGGGUAGAAAAAGAUUUGAAGGAAGAAAUGAAUGGCCUUAAACUUGUGUUGCAUGGCAAGGAGAAAGAGCUGGAAAAUAUUCAAGCAGAAAAGCAUCAACUUAGUGAAAGUCUUCAAAAAGCUGAAGCUGAGUCUAAGGUUGUCUCUUCUCAAUUGGAUGAAAUGCAGUGCUCACAUCUGAAAAAAUUGCAGGAAGAUGCAGAAGCGUUUUAUGCUCGGCUGGCAGAACUGCAAGGGAAGUUAGAGGUUUUGGCUCAGGAGAAUGCUCAUAUGAAAGAUUUGGUAGAAGAAAAAGAAUCAAAAUGUAAUAAUUUGACUGUAGAUUUAGAAUCCUUUAAAGGUCAGGUACAAAACCUUUCUUUACAAAUUCAGGAGCAAAGAGUGAAAAUGAACGACCAAAUUAAUACUCUAACAUUGCAGUCUGAUGCUAAGAUGAAUGAGUGCAAAAGUCAGAUAGAAGAGUUAAACAGGAUUAUUUUUGAAAAGGAAAAUGAAACCUUGAAGCUCAAAGAAACACACAAUCAAGUCAUUUUAGAACUGAACCAAAACAUGUCUUCCAAAGAAAACAAAAUAGCAUCUUUGCAAGAAGAACACCAAGCAAAAACCAAAACCCAAAGUAAUAAGAUUGACAAAAUGAAACAAAGAAUCAAAGAAAUACAGGAGGCCUCUAAGAAGAAAUGUUUUGAGCUGGAAAGUAAGAUGAGGGAGGAACUUGAAAAGAAACAACUUGAACUUGGUAAUAAAGAAAAGCAGUUUAAUGAGAAAAUGCUAGAAAUGGCCCAAGCCAGCUCCUUAGGAAUCAAUGAGACAAUGUCUCAGCUAGAGCAAAACCACAAGGAGCAGAUACAUAAUAUCAAUGAGACUCACCAUAUAAUGAUGCAGGAGACCAUUCAGGGCUGGGAGAUGAAGCUUAGCCAGCAUGCAGAAGAACUGAAAGAAAAACAUGAGGUUGAACUUCAGGAAAAAGAGCAAGAGGUUUCAGAAAUUAAACAGCAGUUAACAAAUGUGAGCAAAGAAAAGGAAGAGGCAGAUAAACAGAUAUGUGAUCUGAAGGAAGAGAAAAAUAAAUUAGGCAUCUCCUUAAAUGAAUUACAAGAACAGUUAGAUCAGGCAUCUGCUCAGGUUUUGGUUUUAACGAAUAGUGAAAAUAUCUUAAAAUCUGAGCAGGAAAUAUUGCAAAAUAAAUAUACUACCUUGGUGGAUGAAAAAAGGGUGCUUGAAGAACAGCUGAAUUCACUUAGAACAGUGAUAGAAGAGGGUAAAAGCAAAACUGAUGAACUGCUUGGUAAAUUGCAAGAAGCCCAAGGAAAAUGUAACUCACUUGAGGCCUUUCAUAAUAAGUUAACUACUGAACUGACAAAAGAAAUGACAGAUAAGCUUUUAGAAAAAGAAUCUCAGUGCAAUCACCUGUUACUUGAACAGGAAAAUAAGUUUAAAUUACAUCUCAAAGAAAUAAUUUCACUGUUGGAAUCUUUGACAACAGCGCUCAGUAAUAAAUUGAAUGAUCAAAUGAACAGAUUGAUAUCAAGGAUUACACAUUGUGAAAAGGGAAUAUGUGAAAUGCAGGGAAGUGUGUCAAGACAUUUGACCCAGAUUUGUGACUUAGAAACUCAUCUUAAACAAAUAAAUAAAGAUUUUUCUUCAGUAAACCUUUCCCUGGCCCAGGCUAGCCAACAUUUGCAGGAGAAAGAGAAUGUGAUUUUGGUUAUGAAAGAUGAAUUAAAUGCUCUUCUUUUGGAAAAAGAGAUGUUACAAAAAGAAGGAGGAAAUCAGCAGAAGGUUGCUGAUGAAAAAGAAUCUUGCAUCACAGAGCUAAGAAAAGGGCUUUCAGAAAACAUCAACACAGUUACGUCUUUGACUGCUGCUUUAAAAGAUAAAGAUGGUGAGAUUAAUGAACUGAAGCUGAAGCUUGAGAACAGUGUGGAUUUAGAAGAAAAGGAGAAGGCCAUAGCUUUCCUCAGUUCACAGAGCAAAGAAAGCCAGCAGCACCUUCAGAAUCAGAUCCAGGAUUUAACAUUCAAGAUGGAAGAGUUAAGUAAAGAGAAAACUCUACAUGCUGAAGAAGCAAGCACAUGGAAAAACAAGUUGGAAGAGUGGAAGAAAAAGGCUGAAGUAAAGUUCACACAAAACCAUCAAACAAUUAAAGAAUUGCAGGAAAAAAUUGGAAUGGGCAAUAAGCAAAUAAUCGAAAAAGAAAACCAGGUCCACAAAAUCACAGAAGAACUAGGCAAAAGGGAGACUGAAUUAACCUCCAAGAUAGAGAGCCAGAAUUCCAGAAUUCAAGAAAUGAAUGCAGAGAUUGCUGAACUAACAAAUGAAAAAGUAUGUUUAAUGCAGGAAAUAGAUAGGCAGAUUCAGCAUCAAAGUGUGGAGAAGAAAGAAAUUACAUUACAGCUUGAACAUAUCCAAACUGUUGCUUCAGAAAAAGACAGCCACUCCAUGGAAGCUCAACAACAAGUAAUCAAACUACACCAGAAAAUCUCAACCUUAAAAGAAGCAUUGAGCAAGAAACAGUCUGAGUGGGAAGUGUUAAGAGCAGAACUAACAGAAAGUAAAGCACAAGCACUUAAAGCACUUGAUGAACAGUUGACUGCUGAAAGUACUAAAAAGAUGGCUGAGUUAAAGAAAAAAGCAGAGCAGAAAAUUGCUUCAAUCAAGAAGCAGCUAACAUCUCAGUUGGAAGAGAAGGAAAAAUCUAUGCAAGAUCUAGAAAUUCAGCUUAAUGAGCUAAGAGAACAGUUUCAAGAAUGCCAACAGGUUCGAGUAGGUUGGCACAAGGAAAAAGAAGAACAAGAAAACCGAUAUUCAUUGCUGUUAGAGCAGCACAAUAGCAAUGAAAGCGAAUUAGCUCAGGUUAGAAGUGACAUAACACUAAAGGAACAGAGAGUAAAAGAGUUGGAGGACACUCUAGAGGAUGUCCAGAAAAAACUUAAUGAAACUGAGCAGAGUCUUAAAGAGAGAGAAUUGUCUAUAGUAAAUGACAUAGAAGCAGAAAAACAAAACAUUGAGCAGUUGUCUUCCAAACAUCAGGAAGUUUUACUUUCUUUGCAGGAGCAGUUAACUGCCAAAGAUUCAGAGCUGAAAUCUUGCAUGGACAAAAUGGAAGAGAAAACAAGGUCAUAUGAAGAGUUACAGGUGCUCUUUGAUGAAAUUCAGUCUCAGGAGAAUACUCUGAAGGUAAAACUUCAAGGAGCCGAAGGCGAUGUACAGAAAUUCCGCAAGGAAGUAACCAAAUUGCAGAAAGACAUGCGCACUUUACGAAAGGAACAUAAUAAAGAGUUAGAGUUGGUAAAGAAAGAGCUGUUGGAAGAAACAGAGCAAACAAUAAAACAUGAGCAGGAAGAUCUAGAAUUAAAGCACAAUUCCACUUUAAAACAGUUAAUGAGGGAGUUUAAUACACAGAUGGCACAGAAAGAACGCGAACUUGAAACUGGUGUGCAGGAGACCAUAAGCAAAGCACAGGAGGUUGAGGCUGAAAUAAUGCAAUCUCAUCAGAUAGAAACAACACAGCUUCAUAAAAAGAUUUUAGAGAAAGAAGAUGACUUAAAGAGAACGGUUAAGAAGUAUGAAGACAUCUUGGAGGCAAGAGAAGAAGAAAUGGCAGGAAAAGUGACAGAACUACAGGAAAAGUUAGAGCAAUUACAGGAAGAGUUAUCAAAGAGGCAGGAGGAGGAGGCGGCUACUCAGGAUGCAGAGCCGACUUUCCAGGAACUUCAGGCUCAGCUGGCAAAGAAAACCACACUGCUAAAUGAAGCCAAACUGCACAUGCAGGAGCUUAAUGAAAAGGUUAUUGUUUUGGAUGACCAGUUAAAAAACUACUCACGUGGUGUUUUUGUUACUCCUCUUGGCACUCCUUAUAAAGGUGAGAUUCAUCGACAUACUGACAUCAAUGUGUUUGGCGAGCCUACUGAAUUUGAGUAUUUGAGAAAAGUAAUGUUUGAGUACAUGAUGGGACGAGAAACUAAGACAAUGGCAAAAGUAAUCACAACAGUGCUGAGAUUUCCAUCUGACCAAGCCCAGAAAAUUCUUGAGAGAGAAGAUACCCGACCUGUGUUUACACCUCCUCGCAGCGGUAUCUUCUGAGUCAAUCCAAGCUUAGUUAGCACGCUGUCUUGGUUGAGACCUUCCACUUAAUGCUGCUUUGAAGACACUGCUUCCUCUAGAUUUGUCAGCAUUGGAUUCUUACAACUGAAGGAAUAAAAUGAAAGCCAAAUCUAAUAGGUUUAACAAUAAAAAAACUUUUACCAUUAACUGCCUUGAGUUGAGCUGACGCUACAUAGUGACCAUUUUGUCACUUUUUUUAUCACCUUUCUUCUUCUAAAAGGACUGUUCUGUACAUUGGUACAAUAACUGUUUUAAAAUGGACAAAAUAAUUUAUUAUGUAUGAGAAAUAGUUUAUUGAAAUGUGACUUGCAUAACAAAUAAGUAAGCGCUUGCAUGAAAUAUUGUCCAGAUGCUUAAAAAAGUGUCACCAUUGCUAACUUGAUAAUGUCUGUAUUUGCCCAAUCACAGGCACCUCAAACUGGGUGCUUAUACUUUCAUUCU